AUGUCCUUCCACCGACACCACGCGUCAAACGGGCCAGACAUAUCCGACGAAGCCCUCCUGCAGCCUAACAGACGGCCCAACGACGACGGUUGGUCGGAACCUAUGUUAAAAUAUCCUCCGCAAGGCUCGUCCAGCACAGUCAACACCAACGCAAAGCAAAAAACAACACUUUUCGGGCUCACACUCGGGAGUCUUCGCUGGCUCUGCCAUGGCCUGCAUCUCCUGUUAUUUAUCGUGCACAUAAUCUUGAUCGGGAUCUACGUUCCCCACCUUGAGCACCGCACUGUCGUGGCUAUCACCGAGAGCCACAAUGUGCUUCCAAUCGUACUUAGUGCGUCUAUGCAGGCUUUCUACACUAUCUAUUCCACAAUCCUCGUCGCUAUCACCCAGCGACUCGGCCUCCUUCGCAUCCUCCAACGACGCGAAAAGCUCACAUCCCUCUAUGACGCGUCCGGCGCGUGGUUCGGCCUCGGUAGCGCUUUCCUUGGGCUAUGGAACAACUUCCAACUGCCCGCUAGCGUUAUCAGCACCUGCUGUAUCGCCCUCUACCUCCUCUGCGUGCUUGUCCUGCACAUCGCCUCCAGCUCGAUCAUACAGUUCCAGACGUUCAACGCCUCCACGCCCGCCACCGUCUCCACGCGCCUCGGCUGGCCCGGCCCGAGCGCUAACCUCACCGGCUACAGUUCGCUGGGCUUCGGCGGGCCCGACUGGCAGAGGAUUGGCGGGCUUGCACCCGGGAUUAGCACGAUAGGGCAGUACAACGGCAAGGGCUUGAGCGGGGCGACGCUAUACGACACGCUCGCGGUCACGCUGGACAAUGCGGGGAGGGCGGAGGUGAAUGCGACAACGAUCGGGUUCAACUGUGGAUUAAUUCCUGCGGGGAAUAUGACCAUCAAGACGGGCCAGACGGGGUCGGCAACUGUGCAGACAGGCACGGUGCUCGAGUGGGACAACUUGACGGCCGAGCAGACUGGGCCGUAUGUCACGCCUUGGACGGAUCAGAUUCUGUACAACUCCAUUGUAACGGAUAUGAUAAAUGGACCUACGAUCGACAUCGUAUACACCAUAACGACCAGUCUAUCCCCACCCUCCUCCUCCUCCGCUACCUCACUCUCCAAAAACUUUGGCGUCCCCAUGCAAUGGACCUACUCUGACAGCGGCGCGUCUAAGAACAAGACCGUCACGACGUACUGGGUUGGCUGCGGCAUGGUCACGUCCAACGGGACCGUGCAGAUCAACGUGCGCACCAACGAGCUCGUCGGAGACGUGCCAAGCGUGAGCGUCAACAAGGAGUGGCAGAGUCUCCCCGCGGGGAAGGUGUACGCAUGGGACGGGUUGAAUAUGCAGACGUCGAAUCCGAGUCCACAGCAUGACUGGCUCGAGCUGGCGCUGAACAAUGCGCCCAAGUCGAACAUCACGAUCACGGAUUUAGAGAACGAGAGCUAUAGUAUUUCCUUGCUUGACUACUACCUCAUGUAUGACCUUGGCAUCUGGAAUAACACGCCCUCCGUCUUGUUGACGCCGGGAAUCAUCCCCUCCUUCCCGCCCGACCCGAGCUUCACGCUGGAUCUGCAAGCGCUGCAAAGCGGACUUGCGAAGAAUGUCGCGGGGCUGUUGUGGACUGCGGGUCAGCUCACGGAUGGUGGGUACACGCCCGAUAUCGGGGCUGCUGAUGUGCACCAAGAUGUGCUGGCGUGGCGACUGAAUAUCAACCUUCUCCCCCUCCUCUUCGCAUUCUUUGCCUCGCUCAUCAUGCUCGUCCUCGCGGUAUACAUUGCCGGUGUGCGGACGCACGACGACCCCGCCGUGCGCGGCGCGGGCAUCCUCGAGAUGCUCUGGCUCGCGGACCGUCUCCCGCCGCUGCGCCAGCGCCUCGACGGCGUCGCGGAGCCGACGGUCGACAAUCUGCGUGCGGCAGGCAUGUUCGAGGUGUGCCUUGCGGAGAAGUUUAGGGAGGCAAGCGGGGUCGUUGCGAAGGGUGAAUCGGAGGGACCUGGGUGGGGCGGCCGAGGCGAGGGGGAGCUUUGA